AGGUACCACGCAGUGGGACUGAACCCAGAACCAUGUGGUUGGUAAUCAAGCUACUUACCACACAGCCACAACUAUAUAUAUAUAUAUAUAUAUAUAUAUAUUUGUAACUUUAUCCCAAUAUGGUGGUCUAGAGAACUGUGUAGCUCUCCCACAAGGAAACUUAGUACUUACCAGUGUUGGUUUUAGCUGACCAAAUUCAAUUAAUCCUCUACUUGAUGGUAUUGAGUACUUCUUCUUUCAUUCAUUACAACUACAAACAUAUGCACACAUAUCUAUCUACCUAUAUAGUUCUCUUUCUCAAUAUAUAUAUACAAAACAGUUUCUCUCAGCUCCAUAUGACUUAAAGUUUUCUGGAUGUAUACGAUGAAUCCAUCUCCUCAUAUAUAUAUUUGGCUAUCGUUGGUCUCCUUACUUGAUUUUUAUUGCUGCUUUCUGUCCCCUCUUUUACCCUCUUUUGUAGUGUGUCUGAGGACUAUAUAUAAUAAGUUCUUUAUGUAUAUACAUAUAUAUACAUGGUGGUUGUCUGCUCCUUAUGCAGCGUCUGACCACCCCCUGUACCUACACCUUAGAUCCAUCAUGGCAUCUGAUGUGGCUUUAUAAACCAGACGAUGUAGUGGAAAGACACCCACAUAGAUUGCAUAUCCAAUUUGGACCACCAAGAGCUGCAGCUAAUCUCUGAUCUUUGUGGAUCUUAAAACGUCUUUCCAGGCCUCCGUUAGAUUUGCAGACCUUGUGUCAUACACAGCACUGAAAAGUGUGCACAAAUACAAAGGCAGAAUAGUUGGUGGAGGUUUGUUCUCCAUGCAUCCACAAUUGAAAUUUGAGCCCAGCAAAAGAAAGGCAUGGUCUGUCGCAAACUGUGCACGCAAAAAGGUUGCUGAGAUUCACCUCAAUCACAACAUACUUCUUUAAAUCUCUCGAGUCUUGCAUAUGUCAUCCUGGCCACCUCAAAAGCUUUCACUCCACUCCACACAUACAUAUAUACAUACACACUUACACUCGUAUCUAUAUGUACAUAUAUAUAUAUAUAUAUAUAUAUAUAUAUACGUACUUUAAAUUUUUGUUUUCCUUUGUGUUUGUUUUAUUUUUGUGUUCUACCAUUCCUUUCUCAACUGACAAUCAGUCUUUGACUCUUCCAAAAAGAAACCGUUUCAUGCCAAACACUGAAACUAAAAUAGUUUUGGACAAACAGAAAAAACUCAUUUUCAGACAAGCAUUUGUAGAAGAAAUUGACCAAAGAAAUCUCAUGUUUCUAUAAACUUGAAACUUCUGCCAGAUAAAUAGUUACAUACUUCCAUCCGUAACAUAUUGGUACAUGACAUGGAGAAUUAAUCUUCAAUUAAUCUAUUGGAAUUCACCUUGUGUUUUACUCUUCAUCCACAGCUCUUUGAUGAACUGAGUACCAAGCGCUGCUCCAGCAGUUUCUGCUUUCUCGCACCAUGGCUUAUCUUGAAGAGGAGCAGGCCAGCGAGGUGUUUACAAACUGCCAUGCUAAAUCUCUGCUGACCACAAUGAAUUUACUGCGUAAAACAAGGGUCCUGUGUGAUGUCACUUUACAUGUGGGUGGAAUGGACUUCCCAGUCCACAGGAUAGUGUUGGCAGCUUGCAGUGAUUACUUCUGUGCCAUGUUCACCAAUGAGAUGUCUGAAAAAAGCGAAUCAAAGAUCCACAUUCAAGGGGUUUCAGCAACUGUCAUGCAAGCCCUGCUGGAUUUCAUCUAUACCGAAACCGUCUGUGUUAAUAUAAGCAAUGUCCAAGAAUUGUUACCUGCUGCCUGCUUACUCCAGCUCACAGGGGUCAAAAAUGCAUGCAGUGCCUUCCUUGAGAAACAACUGGACCCCACCAACUGCUUAGGUAUUAAGAUCUUUGCUGAGAAUCACGGAUGCGAAAGACUGUUGACUGCUGCAGAAAAAUACAGUGUGAAGGUGUUCGAUGAAAUCAUACAGAAUGAGGAGUUUCGACUUUUGCCAGUUGAAGAAGUCGAACGCUUGAUACAAAGUGAUGAAAUUGAGGUGAUUUGUGAAGAACCUGUCUACGAAGCUGUUGUCAAAUGGGUGAAAUAUGAUCCAGAAAACAGAAAAGAUAAACUCGCUCGCCUCCUUCAGUAUGUUCGGCUACCACUCCUGUCGGCCUGGUACAUCACUGAUAAAAUUGAUACAGAGCCAUUAAUUCGACGGUGCCAUGAAUGUCGGGAUCUUGUUGAUGAAGCAAAGAAAUUCCAUCUACGUCCAGAUCUUCGGAGUGGGAUGUGUAGCCUGAGGACUCAACCCCGCUAUGGUAAUCAAGAAGUUGUCGUGAUUCUUGGAGGGUUUGGCUCCCACCAGAAUUUAGUUGACACUGUUGAAAUGUACAAUCCAAAGACAUCAGAAUGGAAAUAUCUACCUAGUCUGCUGAAAUCCCGGCGCUAUGUAUCUGCAGUAUCAUUAAAUGGUAAAAUUUAUGUUAUUGGUGGCUAUGAUGGUCAAGCACGGUUAAACUCUGUAGAAUGUUUGGACACAACAGCUGAAGAAGCCCAAUGGCAAAAUGUGGCACCAAUGAAUCAACACAGAGGCUUAGCAGGAGCUUGUGUUUACAAAGGGAAAAUCUAUGUUUGUGGUGGGUUUGAUGGUUACUCUCGACACACAAGUAUGGAGGUUUAUAAUGUUGUGCUUGACCAGUGGAUAUUACUGUGUGGUAUGUCUGUUGGUCGUGAAGGAGCUGGACUUGUUGUGGCCAGAGACAAGAUUUACUGUAUUGGAGGAUAUGAUGGGGUUAAUCUCCUUGAUUCAGGAGAAGUUUAUGAUCCAGACACUGAACGAUGGUCACCCAUGGAACCAAUGUCCACUCGACGAUCAGGGGCAGGUGUUGCUGUUGUUAAUGACAUCAUAUAUGUGUGUGGUGGCUAUGAUGGCUCGAACCAUUUGUCCAGCGUAGAAUGUUACAACAGCUACACUGGUCACUGGACAUCAAUACAGAAUAUGACUGUACCAAGAUGUUAUGUUGGUGCUUGUAUCUUACGAGGGAAGCUUCUAGUGGUUGCUGGGUAUGAUGGAAAUACAUUGCUAAAUUCUAUGGAGAGUUUUGACCCCUUGAAGAACACUUGGGAAAUAAUCGGCCAGAAUAUGUCCACCCAACGUUGUGAUGCUGGUGUUGCAAUCAUCCGCUAUUUUCCUGAACAUCUUUGUCAAUGAAGGACUCUCGAGAUUUCAGUAUAUACAUAUAUACAUAUAUACAUACACACACAAAUAUGCAUGCAUACAUACACACACAAAUCUCUCUCUCCCUCCCUCUCUAUAUAUGUAUGUAUU